AUGGACGAGCAGCCCGAGUCUCAGCAGGACCACCCGAUGGAGCUUGAUUCUCUCGACCGUAUAAUCAAGACCGAGGAAGUCGACGAGCCCGUCAUUUUCGAUAACCUCCCCAUCAUUCCUAUCGACAAACCACAGGAGAAGAUUUUCUUCUUCAAGAGGAUGGAAGGAAGCAACGCUAGGUUCGAUGCGAUGAUACAAGUAGGCGAUGGGGAAUUGCGCCCAGAUGCGGUGGAAGCCGGCACGGAAAACGCACUGUGGGAAGUCAUUGACGGUCUUUACCUGUACCGUCAAGCCGGACUUUCCUUCAAAGUCCUGCAGUCCGUGGGUGUUGCGGAGUACACUUCGCCAGAGAGAUCGUUCCACCGAGUCAAGCACCUGUUCAGUCUCAAGACAUGCGCCUUUCUUGCCAACAGAGACAUACACGAUGAUAUGCAGGUUUUGAAGCUGGCGCUUUCUGGCAACAUGUUUGACCUGGCCCGGCCUGAGGAUGAGAAUUUCGUCGUCCAUCAUGCGAGAUGGACCAAGCGCGUCAAACAUCUUGCGGAGCUACUGGGCCUCAAGAUGGGCUCCCCAUACGACGGCGCCAGCAAGAAGCCUACCGAGGACGACGUCGGCAACUGGGCUGCGGGUCAUACCGAGAAGAAGCUGUCGGCGUAUGCGAUUUACACCAUGAUGCAGCUUCAUCUCUUCGGCGACCAGAAGAUCAAGCGGGUCAGCAUGGCAGAUCUCAAGGACCUCAAAACCUGUCUUCGAAUGAAGGGUCUGGCGCCUCGCUUCGAAAUUCACCUCACCCGUGAGCCAUGCGGCGUGCCUCACAAGCCGGGAAAAUGCGUCCCGUUUGUCCAGCGACUGGCAUAUCUUACGGACAUCGAUUUUACGAUACACCACUGGGAAGACAACGUCAUCCUAGAUGGGACGGUGCCUGCACGACAAAAGAAGAAGGAGAUGUUUAAGAAGACUCGUGCAGACGGUGGAGACGAAGACACUGACGCAGAGAACUACGAUUCCGAAGGUGAAGAUCUGGACUUGACGCUGGCAGAACAAUACCCGGAUGAUUGGGAGGCGAUUGUUCGUAACGGUUUCGAGGAGGUUGAUCCCGAUGAGCACAUCUACCCAGUGCGCGCGGUGGCUGACACGCUCCCCGACGAGGCCAAUUCCAACCCUCUCCCUCCCCUCCGCAUCUCGGACGAGAACAUCCGCAAGUUUGGAGAUCGCGUCCUCCAGUUCAAGCGCCCCCGCGAAGAAGUACUGAAGCCUCUGCCGGCUACGCCUGUUACGGAGGAAGAAAUGCAGCUCUUGAGAGACCCUUACCUCGCCUCAAGUCAGGAUUCGACAAGCUAUUUCUUUGAAGGCCCGGGCCCUGCCUCCGAGCCCGAAGAGCAUGAGAAACGACGUUCCAAAAAGCGUCGGGAGAAGAAGGAGAGAAAACGACAAAAGAGGCGCGCGAAGAGUGCCGGCGCCACUGCUACUAGGCCAGAGGGCAUGUCCACGCAAGGUACUUCAUCGAACCAAGAUUCGGACAGGGAUGAUACUAAUGAGCUAUUGGAGUAG